AUGGAUACCAAUAAAGAACGAAUCUCAAUGGAAUCCACCUUAAAAGAGCUGCACGCAUAUGCCAAGCUACUUUUCCUCCGGAGUGGUCGCCAAUUCGAAGAUAAAGCCUUAUACCAAGAACUUGAAGAUGAUUCAUCUCUGGACGAGUCCAUUAACGACAGAAGCUCUUCGAAGAAUGUUGCACUUGGUAACCUCGACACCGACCAUUUGCGCCGCAAGUUCCUAGACCGGUUGUCUGAAACAGUUUCUUCAGCGAAAGGCGGUCGCCAUGUUGUUGCUAGCUAUAUGUUCUACUGGCCUGAUAAGGUCAAGGUCUUUGUAGCGAUAAAUUCCGGAUUCACUGAGGGAGAUGCAUUGUCUAGGUUCCUAGAUAACUUAUGUACAUCGCUCAGGGUUAUUGCUUCUGCUUCAGAUGCUGAGUCGGAGAAGCACACAGAUGCACUCUGGAAUUUGUUACUUGGUCACCAAUCCUCAAGACUGGAGGAUGCCAUCGUCAAUUUGCGGCAAAUCAUAAAAAAUUUCCAGCACCUCCUUCCGCAGCGUCCCUCUUCAAAGUCGUCUAGCAAAAGCAGUAUUCCUUCCGAUAUAGUCGGAGUUUUGCUUGACUUUGAGGACUACUUGAAGCUAUUGGCCGAGUUACUUUUCAGCGAUGGUGACUUGAGUUCAGAACGACAUGACAGCCUUGUGACUCUCAGUCAUGAUCUCUAUAGAAACUUUUCUGCUGGGACAUUCCAGGCUCUCGGCCGACAGGGUGAAAAAUUACACCAGGCAAUCGGCUUCUUGGGUCGUCUCAAGAUGUCGUUCCAUGUUCUUGUUGAAGCUGCGAGGCAGAUAUCGGGAUUUGAAUGCAUGUCUCUCAUUCCCGUUAUCAAGUCAAAGGGUCGAAAGAAACCCUCUGGCCAAGAAUGGAGUCUAGCCAAAACAUUUGAAGCUCUCAACAUUCAGUUAAACGAUACAGCCAUCAAGAAGUUGAUGGGUACAUCAAGCUCAAAGAUCACAUGGACAAAGAACAAACUCGUCAACGACUUCUCCCGACUCAAGUCACCAACUUGGGAAGUACAUGCGGAACUCCAGCUCAUAGUCUUUACCAUUAGCCACCCCAAUGACGUUGCCAAUGGAAAACGAUUUCUGGACUGUUUUCAAGGGUUGAAAACGCGUGGUUGUCAUGGCAAGCUGUAUAAUCACAGCUGGACUCUUCCCCCUGGAGACAAUCUGGGGAAGGACGAACAGCAAGCAUUGCACGAGGCUGCGAUGGGAGUUACAACGUGGAUGCGAAAGAAGCUGAUUCGCAGCAAACUAUUACCGGCUCAGAGAAGACGAGAGGUCAAAGAAUCCACGGUUGGUGGCAGUUUAAUUUCUACGUUGGAAACGAAUCAAGACGAUCACCGCCUAAUUCACGCCAUAUCCAAGCAUCUCUACUCCCAGCGAGCUCAAAACCUACAGAGGCAAUCCAACACGAAGAGCUUGUUAGACUCUGUCGAAGACGAGGAAGUCCCGAGAAUUGAAGUCCGAGAUCCAACACACCCAGAAAGCACUAGGGACUUUUGUUCUGUGUGCUGGGAUGUAGAAACAACUCGAAGAUGCUCUCACUGUCGAGAGGGUCUGUUCUGCAGUAAGAACUGUGAACGAGAAAUGCCAUUGUCCCACCUCCUCAAAUGCAAUAUGCGACAAGUCACGUCAGCAGACUUUCUUUUUGCAGACGCCCUCCAGGACACAAUUCCUACAGAUCCCCAGGUACUAGAGGACUACUGGUUCGACCGAUGUCACAACCGUCGUGAACAGUCGCAUCUGCUUGGGCUUUUCCAAGGGCUUUUACUUUACCCUCCCGACAAUGUUACGCGUGAAACACUUCACCAGUGGCGGUCAGAUCCUGGCGGUGACACAUACCUCGCUGCAAAGAUAGUUGAAAACUUUGAGAAGAUACCAAAGAGCAGCGCGGGAAGCUACUUCCCAUGGUUUCUCAAACACCGCGAACGCUUCGAGCUACCAACUGGCCAUGAGUCAAUUCCUCGACCACCAAGUCCUAUGACACAGGUACGAAACAUGCAGGACAAAGCCCGGAAGCAUCUAGCCCCUGAGGAUCGGAACAAGGACUUGGCAGACUUGACUCCUUUUUCGAAGAUGCAUUGCUUUGCAUUCUACACCAUGGUCUUACAACAUGCAUACCCGCCCCCAAUGAACCAAGGCGACUGCCAUUGGUUCGAUUUUGGCUUCGUUGUGUGCAGAGACCAGCACGAAGAACAAUCACUAUCCAAUAUGUAUAACAGUAUGUUGUUCGGAUCAAUGUCACGGUUGGAAUACGCAGAGAGUCUCGGAUCCUCAAUCUUGAAGGAAAUGGCAAAGCAAAGGGAUCCUGUCUGUACCUUUGACGAAUUCUGGAAGGCGUGGGACCAAAAAGAGAUCACGACCAUAUUCGACAAGUGUUGGCUUAAGUCCACAAAACAACCCUCUCGCGAACCCGGUGAAUACGGCAUUUGUGAUCGUUUGCGAAAAUUCUUUGAGGCAGAGAGACCUCUUCCGUCCAUCUGGAAGUUGCGCCACUUCCUUGCACUACAAAAUAUUUCGGUGGAGUCUGCUGUACCUGACAUAGCUGAGGCGGCUCGAGACUAUGGAUUCUCUGAAAGUCUAGACACCAGGAUGACUAUGGAGCUGAGAGAUUUCUAUGCGCAGCUUUUCCAGAAGACAGAGCCGAUGGAAAUUCACUCUGAGAGGGUGGACGGUAAUUUGGUACGGUUUUCAGAGCAGCGUGUCGAUCCUAUGACCCCAAGGAUAAAGGAGCUACUGAAGAGUCUUUAA